AUGAAAUCCAAAAUCCUGGAAUUACUGUUGAUCACCAUCUUCGUCAGCGUUGUAGUCGCCGAGAAUUGUGAAGAGGUCACUGCAUCUACUGAAACGAAAAGCUUUGUUGUGAAAAGCGGUGGCAAGGAAUGCCAGUACCGCGUCAAACCGAAUUCCGGUAAACCGGUGAAGGUCUUUGUUAAUUCGACGAGUGGAACUAAUUGUGUGAACGUGGUCAUUGGAGAUAAAUCAGAAUCGCUCUGUCCAACAGGUCCAACGACUGAAGUCUUAUCUAGCACGGCGAUCGAUGUGAGUGCGGAGACCGUCACAAAUACAACUGCGGCUGCUUCAACGACAGUCGCCCCUGUAACUACGCCAUCUCCCAGUCCAACACCACCCGGAAAUAAGAAUGAGUCAGAAGAAGCAGAGUCCGGAAGGAACCCAAAGGGCAAGGUACCAACAUCGCCGGCGGGUGAAAGUGUCCAAAACCACGAUAAUGAAAACGAACACAAAGUUGCAGAUAAAACAGCAGCGGUUCAACUGUUGGAAAAUCGAGCUGCUCCUUCUGUUAAACUAGUAAGGCAAACCAGAGAUGCUUCAACCAGUGCUGGACCUAACGACGUUACUGUUUAUUACAUGUUGGGUGAGUGA